UCAGUCUCUAUCUGAGCGUUGUCUUUGCGAGUUAGCCAUUUGCAAUCGUGCGGUCUUUUCAAUGUGUCUGUAGCCGCCCCAAUUACAUAUGUAUUUCGUCUGUGGAUAUAUGUACGAUGUACAUAUGUAUAUAGGAUGUACACAUUUGUACAUAUAAAUAUAUGAACAAUGCCUAUUUCUCCAGCUUUCGUUUACAGUAGUUUUGAGAAAGAAGUGUAUCUGAGUGUUUACGUGAAUAUUGAGGGCACAAAACAAAAUAGCAGAGCAAAGAAAAAAUAGCUCGUUGUAAAUUAGACAUGGAGAACAUACAAUGCCUUUCAAAAAGUUAUAAAAGUGACCAGAAGACCGCGGAGAUUUCGUUGUCGCGCUUGUCAUAUUGCCCAACCGGUCAGGACUCUUUCUACUGAACAUUCUAUUGUUAUUUUAUAUAAGUAUCUAUGUACAGAUGUAUGUAUGUUGAAGCCGAAUAAAAAAUUAAGCAUGGAUUUGUAUAUAAAUAAAAAUGUUUACUGCAUUCCCGACAUAUCAACAACACAAUACAUGUAAAUGUAUGUGUAUGUACAUGCAUAUGAUCACAUUUGCUACUAGAAAGCUCUUAGAGACCUCACCGCUUUCUAUUUGAAAAUACAUUUACACAGUUACACAAAAAAGAUAUGUUUAAUACGGCCAUAUAAAAUACUGCCAUCCACUGCGAAGUACAUAGUACAAUUUUGACUAAAACGAUUCCUUUCUAUGGCAGCUACGUAUAACAUAAAGUCAGCGAUCCGCAAACAAGAUGAGAUGAAAACGCAAUGAUUAAAUCAAAUUUGCAUUUGCCAAUUAAAUACGACAGCGGAAGUGCCGAUAGUGCCAAUUAGCAUUAUUGCCACGACGCCGAUCUAUGGUCACAAUUUGUUCCUUGUCAGCUGCACUAAGUUGUAACAUUGCUUAUAGAUUUCCUAUCUAUGAAAUGGAGCAUUUAGAUCUUGCCGGCUAUCUUGGCCACACGCCUCAAAGUUGGAAUACCCUGGGAACCUUUCAGGAUCAAGAUGCUGUUUACCUAUCUAGCUCGCGACAAAUGUUGGAACCAAUUUUGGAGGAGACUAGCGAGGAUGAGGAACGUGCCCGAAGUAGCUUGAUUGUAAGCCUAGAUCGCCGCUCCACCCUCUGGAGCUCUACGGAGUCUGAAACUGGAUCAGUCUUACGCAUAGAAACGAUUAAGGAUAUCGAUGCUGUUUCUGAGAGGGACUUUGUCUGCCCACCCAAGCGACCAAGGCGCAGCCAUGACUUAAAUUCUGGCCAGAUUUCAGAGGAUUGCGUGCAACUUCGCCGCCCUAUGCCUUACGAUCCCGAGUACCACAAUAGCUUUGAACGCUUUCUGGCUUUGGAGGCAUGUGCUCGCGAUAGCUUCGGAAGCCAGGGCCAACGCAGCAGUAUAGGCAGUAGGCGAGGGGGCACCUUCGAGGACUUUUAUUCGGACAGGGACUCCUCCCACUCGCUAUCGCGCAGCUCCUCCUUGGUACAGUUCGAGUCCUUGGAACGCCAGCUCACGCUCCAGGAGCAGCAUCAGAGUAUGAACAGUCUGGGCAACAGUUCGCCCUCGCUCACCUGCGAGUCUGGUGCUUCAACGCGGGCCAGGACCAGGGACAGCAGUCCAGAGAGUAGGAAGGGAUCAGCCCCGACGCUGUCCCUGCUAAAGCGUUAUGAAUCCAGCGACUGUAGUCAUCUGCACCAGACAUACUAUGAGCUGAACAAUCUCAAUUUUGAAUAUAAGCAGCAGCAGGAACUUCUCUCCAGAAGCCUGCGAGAGGCGGAGCUAAAAUCUGACCUAGAGAGCUCCUCUAGCUCCAGCUCGUCCAGCGAUAGCAGUGGUCACAGCCUUCUAAGCUCUUGCCUUGUUCCCGGAGAUGCAGUAGCAACCGAAAGGGGGAAACAGGACGGGACGAAUUCUCGUCGAAUUCCCCCCAACUCAGCUGAGAACCUGUCCGAGGACUCCGGCUACUGCGAGCCAAGAACCCUAAAGCGGGAAAAGUCCAAAUCCAUACCAAAGAAUUUCGAGAAACUUUGCGAAGAGGAGGAGGAGCUGCUGUUACUGGAGGAGGGCGCUCCGCAUUCUCGCGACUUCAAAGACGAGCAUGAUUUGUGUCAGACCGAAAUAGAGCAGACUGCGGAUACGGCUGCAUUAGCAUGCUCUCCGUCGUCUAUAAAUAGUUCCCCGGAGAGGGCCAGCUCCGAAUCGGAAUCGGCAUCGCCGCUGCCAUCGCCGACCGGAUCGGCAUCAACGUCGUCUGCCGCCUCGUUCACUUGGCUACACAACAGUUUGCCAGAUAUCCGCGAGCCACGAGGUCCACUCUCUGUGGAAAUUAACAAUUCAAAGCCCAAGACAAACGGCAGCGUUCUGGCCACCACCAGACAAAAUAGUGGCAGCACCCGGAGCAGCAGCUCCGCCGAUAGCUGUGACGGUAUAUCGCUCCUCGGCCCCACCCAUUCACUCAACGAGCUCCAGGUGCUUGAACGGAGGCGACGACCACGUCAUAUUCGCCCCAGCCAGAGAAACUGUCACAGCAACAGUUCCAGUGAGGAACUGGAGGAGCUGGACAACUUAUUUGUUGCCUGCCACACCCCGCCAAGGAUCCGACGCAGUUGCAGCUGGAACGAACGAGCUAGAAAAGUAGUGGGUGUGGCAAGUGCCGGAUAUUUGAACGCUAGUUACCAAAACCUAACUCUAUUGAACUACACGGAUAACUGGCUGCCGGCAGAGAUUCUUCAGAAGAACCACAAGAGGAGCCCAGCAGAAGAAAUGUCGAAACAAAGCAGUAAUACCUGCGGAAAUUACGAGCACAUGAUAUGUAAGGGAAACUUUUUGCUGGAUGAGAUCAGCAAGGUUUAUGACAAAAAUGUGUCUAUACUGACGGAUAAGCCGGUGCUGGAUACCAAGCUCCCUGCGCCAGUGGAAUGUGAUUUAAAUGAACCUAUUGAAUGUUCGAAGGUGCAGCACGUGCAGCUAAACAUAAAGCCACCGCCGCGCCAGAAACGUUUGACUCAACAGCCGCCAGCCGCCAUGACCUUUAAUGGCCUUGUUAAAACAUUUGACCAGGAUCCCACUAACUUGCGAACCUCGUACACCCAAAGCCUAGAGCAGUGCCACCUUGACGAGCAAGAAACGGCAAAGCCUGCUUCGUACCCGCCGUCAGCCAUCUCACAACGGUUCCUGCCCAAGCGGCGAUUCCAGUCCCAGACGUCGGCGGCUAAGCAGCGAAGUCUGGUAAGCAGCACGCCAAAUCUCGCGGCCAGCGACGACGGGCAGCCGGAAUCCGAGUACGAUAUCUACGUGAGCAGUGCACACGCCUCAAUGCACCAGUUGCCGCAGACAACAACGCUCCCGAAGCCGCUGGGGAUUCUGCUUCCAGCCGGAUCGCGCCAUUCUUUUGGCAAGGAGGUAAGCUUCUGCCCAGUGGUAAGCAAGUACUGUUGGCAGGAGCAGUCCUCCGAGGAGCCCACCGAGGACCAGUUCCACUCCAGCGAGGGCGAGCAGGGGCCGCCCAGCGAUGACGAACUGAUGGACCCCACAUUGGUGCACAACACCAGAGAGAACGAAAACAUCGCUGCGCUCUUCGAGCCCGAGCCAGAGCAGGCGCAUCGUCUAAGAGAGCCGGCGAUCGCACAAAAGUUUACCGGUUUCCAUACCAAUGCGCUCUUGUCCGCCUCCACACACGCAGAGAAAAACUUAUCAUGUGAAGAGAGCGCCAAUGUCAAAAACAAAGCAAACUUAGCCACACCCGAUUGCCGCGAUCAAAGAACCGAAGCUAAGACCACCCUGGAACCUGAGCCCGCUUUAAGCAGCACAGUCAGUCUAAAACCUUGUGCCGUUGCGAACUCGUCUUGUCGAGAAGAAACUCCGAGCGAUGCUAUUAAUGAACCUGCAUCUGCGACUGCACGACCACUUAGCUUGCCGAUUCUUAGCGAGCCGCCUACCAACCGCGCGCACCGCAUCCUAUACUCAUCCCAACAACUAAGGCGAUACGAACCGAAGGCGUCACCGAUUAACAAGAUGCCGCCGGCCAACGAACUUAGCCCGCAAGCCGCGGCUGUUGCGAGAACGGACGAGAAACAUCCAACCUCCAGAAGCCUCUUCUCCAGGUUCACCCACGGGCUGAGAUUUUCGUUGCGUCGCAAAAAGAAGCAGCAGCAACAAGAGCCUUCGCAGGUCAAAGAGUCGCCAAAGGAGUUAAGGCAGAGCCCCGAGGAGAGCCAACCGGUCGACUUUGUGCACAUCCCUUUAAAGCCGCCAAGAAGUUCGCAAUGUGGCCGACUGGACGAUACUAUCGUGUCAGAGACAAGCAGUGGCCACGUGCACAGCUGGCAGCAACAGGAACAGCUGGGCAAGACCUCAACUCUGCAAAAGGUGACUGGCAAGCCGCCACUGCCCAAGAUGCCACCACGCAGUGGCAUCCUAACGCAUGCGCCUCAGGAAACGACCGGUGAAACUGUCAAUUGCCAUCGCACCGAGGCGUUGCCGAGCGUCGAACGAGAACACUGCAAUCAGUUAACCGGACAGUUGGUGGCUAAGGUUCAAGCACAGAGAAUGCGGGACACCGGGCUCAGCUCGCAGAUAGUAGUCGCCGAAGAGACACAUACGGUUAAUCGACUGGCCGGACACGGCGACGCGACUAGGCCCACUGUGGUUACCGCCGUUCCGGUUUCCGUUGCUCCUGUCGCAGAGGUCGACAAGAUGGGUUUGAUCGAGACCAAUCUGGACACUCAUGAAACGGUUAUAUCGGGAAAGACACGGUCUCUUAUGGAUAUAACUUGCAACCCACUUAGCAUGCCACACAAGCGAUACAUCGUAAAGCGUCUAAAUGUAAACAGCGUUGCGUAUGACGUAGAUGAAUUGGACGCAGAGGUUAAACCCUCGCCUGGUGGAAUGGCAUCCGUACGCAGGCCGCACAAGAGUAUGGAAUUUCUGCUGGACAAGGAGAACCAGAAAAAUAUUCUGCCCCCUGAAAACGAACUGCAGAAAUCACAUGACCACAAUCCAGGCGCACUAAGCGAGCAUCAACUGCGUGUCCAAGCUUCGCUUCAGCGGCUAAAUAUUCCCGACUGGUUCCGUCAUUACAACAAAGGCCCCGAAAAGGCAGCAGAUGGCGAAAACGCAUGCACAAGUGCGACUGGCGGUGGUUACCGACCUGGCAACUUCACCCGCAAACGCGCACAGGAAUCGGGUCGCUGGCAAGGGCUCAACUCAAAGACGACUUCCCUCAGCUCGCUGGGAUCUCAACGCUCCGACCGAAGUCCUUUGUUGAUGAGUCCCUCAGCGCACAGUCAUCACGGCGGCCAAAGCUCCUAUUCAUGUGGGUCGACGACAAUUCACGGUCCGGCACCUGUACAGAUAGGCAUGGGUGCAACUCGCUGGUCAACCUCUCAUCUGAAUUCCACUCAGAUGUCUCCCGGUGCCUCGCAGCGCGGAAGCUUUACGCGCGGCGCCCCCAUUAAUAGCAGCUUUAUAUCUGUGGCCAGUGGUAGUGGCUUGUUGCGCAAUUCCUACCGACAGCCGUAUUUGGGUUGGCGCAGCACAGAGAAGCUCUCCCAACGAACUCCCCACGAACGUCUGGCCAAUUCGCUGCUAACCCAACGGACAGCUCCGCCCUCCACACGGGCGGGCAAUGAAACCCGCACCUUACAUUCUGUAUCGACAGAGAUUCAAAGCUCCAUUAAGGAAGUCACAUCCGCCAUCGUUCACUUCGUGAACGACCAGCAGCAGUCCCAACAUCCGCGGAGCCGUUCUACCAGUCCAAAUUCAAGGUGCUGGCUGGAAAGCAGCUUUGUUGGUACACGAACCCUGGACUCGCCGCAAACACCCGUCAUUGACAACAGUCCUCCCGAAUUGGCACGAAAGCAGCAGCAGCUCCACCCGCACCAAGUGCAUCUGGAUGUCGGUCUGUCGCCUGUAGUCUCCGCUGGUCAGCUGCCACAUCGCAUGAACGGAAUAAAUCGUAUCGGCAACGGUGGCGCAUGCGCAGCUUCUCGGCAGCAGCUGGAGGUGCAAUCAGCCGCCGAACUGCAGCGGCUUCGUCGCCGGAGUGAAGGCGACGCACCCACGCAGGAGAAGCAUUAUUCCAAGGAGCAAUCCCAUAAGUCCAACUCGCAUUCAGUUGAAGCUGUAGACAGUGCCCAGCCAAAUAACCCCAAAGAGAGCCGGCGGGCAUCGUUGGGUGACCCCGCCCUCGCAGCUACACGGUCGGACAUAGGAAGCGGACAGCUGCAACUCAUCGAGGGACCGACGACGGGCUUUGGAUCGGGACAACAUGUUCGCUGCCGCAACACCAAGUGCGACCAGAGUACCUCUCCCAGCGAUGCAAAGAAACUCUACAAGUCGUGCCACAAUUGUUCCCAUUUAUACUGCUCGCGUGAGUGUCGGCGGGCACACUGGGAAAAGCAUAGGAAAGCUUGCCUGCACUCGCGUGCCUCCAAUAUUUGUCGCCAGGUGCUGGCCACGUGCAAGGACGACAUCGACUCGCAGCGCCAUCUAAGUCUUUUAGCCCGCAAAGGCAGCCUGUCUCAGGGACGUGGCGUUGUGCGUGUGCUUUUUCGUAGUGCCGAGGCGGCGGAAGGAUUCAUUAAGAACGGGUUCCAGUGCAUGGGGGAGGCUUCGUACGUACGUUGGCCAGACCUUAUGCCCGCCGAGAUGGGCCUGGAGUUAUACUCAGAGCUUCUUAAGCUCAGCACGGAGUACAAGCCGGAAACCAAAAUGCUCAUUUACGUUGCUAUUUGCGUGGUAUCCGAGGCACCGGGAAUGGGACAGGCACCUGUGCGCUGGGAACGCCAACUGGUGAGUCGUUGUGCCAAGCUGAAACUCUGCAAGACAGUUCUGGCUGAACUAGAGCAACAUCAGGCGGCGCUCCUGCAACCGGUGUCUGUUGUGGCAGUGCCGGAGCGGACGGAAAUCCUCAUUCUAACUUUCAAUCCCGGACAGCAUAGUAAUAGAGAGCUGAUCCUUUCAAAUAUUCUGGAUAUUUUGUCUAGGCGCGGCGUCAUGCUAAGCAAACACUAUCCGGAGGUCUUCGAGCGCCUGCAAACGUACUCUGAGGGACAGAGUGAUAAGUUUAAUCCGGUGACACUGCAUCCGCGGGACACGCAAACUGGGCAAAACUUUGUAUGCAUAAUUAUGGCGGUGCAUACGGACAAUGAGCUAACGAAGCUUCCAUCAGCAGCGGAUGGCGGCAAUCGAGUUACUACCAUAGAUGUAGGAUCUACUUCGGCUCUUGUGCAACUGGAACUGGGCGAUGAUCAGAUUUGCAAAACCAAAUCCAGGGAAAGUUGAUUAAGAGCUUACAAAAAUCAAAACAAUGAGCUUCGGAGAGCAAACGCUGGCAACGGUCACUCUUUUCAUUCCGGCCAUUUCAACGACCCCUUGGGGUGUCCCAUAGAAAGUACCCGCAUGUAAGGAAGCAUUAUUCAAAUUUCAAUUAUGAAAUUGAUCAUAUUUUCAACCUAAAAUCUGGCUAAAUUCGUUUAUUUUAUUCCACUAUAAAUCCCAAAAAUUAUUCAAAGAGUUAUUAUAAAUACCCGUUACUCGUAGAGUAAAAGGUUAUACAAGAUACGUUGAAAAGUAUGUAACAGGCAGAAGGAAGAGUUUCCGACCAUAUAAAGUAUAUAUAUUCUUGAUCAGGAUCAUAAUCCGCGUCGAUCUGGCCCUGUCCGUCUGUCUAUCCUUAUGAACGUCGAUUUAGGAACUAUAAAAGCUAGAAGGUUGAGACUAAGCAUUCAGAUUCUAGAGAGACAGACGCAGCGCAAGUUUGUUGGCCCAUGUUGCCACGCCCACUCUAAUGCCCACUAACCGCCCAAAAGUGCCACUCCCACACUUUUAAAAAACGUGUUGAUAUAUUUUAAUAUUUUAAUUAUUCUGAAAGAUUUCUAUCGAUUUGCCAAAAAACAUUUUGUCACGGUCACUCUAACGCCAAAAGUUUCCCAAAACUGCAACGCUUUUGAACAAUUAAAAAAUUUUUUCUCAUUUUCUUCACCAAUAUCUAUCGAUAUCCCAGAAAAAUUAUUAUUGAAUUCUCGCGUUCGCAUUUGCACUAGUUGAGUAACGGGUAUCUGAUAGUCUGUUAAGUUGACUAUAGCAUUCUCUCUUGUUUUGUGUUAGUGUCAUUAAAAAGUGAUGAGCAAAUUAAAAAAUGAAUUUCUUUUAUAGUUAGUAAAAACAUCAAAAGAGCAAGUUCUAGCUCGAAAAGUAAUUUACAAAUGGAAUUGAAAGUUUGUUUGAAUAAUAAGUAUUUGAUUAAGAGGACUGUGAACCAAAUACAUUUUGCUGAAAUUAUCCAGAUCUUUUAAAGAAAAGUUACGAACAAAUGAAUCCUAAGAACCUCGUCUAAAACCAAUAUUCCCUAAAAUAACUACUUCAGGACUGCAUUUUUUUCAAAAUAUGUAAAAGGUUACUUUAAAAUAGCAACAAACUAUCCUACAACCUUGAACGAAUAGACGCAAUAGUAUGUCUGCCUUUUUAACCGGUUUUUCAUUUUUAUUUGGCAACCAUUUUGCUAAUGAAUGGGUUUUCACGAAAGCACGCUUAUGCGAGUUUGACAAAAAAAAGUGUUACCCAAAGCAUUAAGUCGACAGACAGGCUUAAGAAAAUUACCUAAAUUAUUUGUAAUAAAAGUAUUUAUGUUAUGAAGCCCAAAUUAUUUAUGCCGAGAAGUCAUCAUUUAUGUAGGUAACUGUUGAAAUUGCUUUUUUGUUAUUGUUUUUAAUCGCAUAAAAACCGCCAUUCUGGACAGGAGAUUUCGGUUACAUACUGCAAUACAUUAAGUAGCACUCGAAUGGUUUGGUUAACUUGAUUAUUGUCCAAUAUUGCAUAACAGCAGGAUAGGGCUUAGGCCAGGACUUUUAAUUCUUCUGAAUUUAGUGGGUGAGUGGAGUGGGAAGCUGUAACACACUUGCAAAGGACGGUUGGCAUGGUAGGCAGUCGAAAAAUGAAAUUGUUGUUUAACUAAAAACUAAAUACUAAAUAGCCAAGAUCGGUUCACCAAAAUGACAAAUAUAAGCCAAUAGCAUAGUCAUUUAAAUGAAAAUGUUACUAUAAAAUCGUAUAAUUACUUACUUGUUUAAUGGCGUGCCUGCACCAUAAAAUUUAAGCUUGAGGAACGAGUUAAUCUAAAAUAUUUAUGUUUUCAAGAAAAAAAAUUUAAAAAAGAAAAUACGGAAAUUUAACAGUGAAAAGUAUAUAUAUUGUUUUGUGUGACUUUCAAUUUAGCUUAAAAAUGAGUUUGAAAUGCUUUGUUAUAUUUUGAACAUAUAUAUAACAUCUAUUUUAGAUGUUGCUUAUAUUGUUUAUCCACAGCUUUAAAAUAAUUUGAUAUCAAAUUGGAAAAAUAAUUGGCACGAAUAAAAGGACUCUACCAAGCGGCAAAGACCAUGGUCAAAUUUAAUUGGCCGGAUAAAUAUGGAUUGUGGUACGCAUCCUUUCCGUAACUUUGUAACGAUUUAGUUUUUAAGCUGUAGCAGAAAUAUUAAAUAAAAAGUGGACCAACCACAGACACAGAUCUUCCUAUAUAAUCAUGAUUGCAUAGUGCAUGCAAACCAGUUGACAUUAAAAGAAACAAAACUACAAUCCCGUGUAACUAAAAUGUAUUCAUUCUUGAAUAAUCCUAUAUACAUAUGAAUAUAAGUUUGUAAUGACCGCAAAUUCAAAAAUGGACCCUAAGCAAAGUCCAUGUUCGCAAAUGUAUACGUAUACGUAUUUAUCUUGAUUUAACUGAUGGCGAAUUCUAGUAAUUUAAAGCUUUAUUAUACAAGCCAUGAAUCCUAAUUCUUAAACACUUGGUUUUGAUUAUUGUAAAAAAUUCGUUGCCACUUCACAACUUUACUUUAAAUAUGUAAAAAUAUUUUAUUUUUAACAGAUAAUACGCAAAAAUAUAAAUAUAAGAAGUUUAAAAGAGUGCGUCCAUUUUACAAAUCAACAGCUCUAAUUUUUUUGAAAAGACAGCAGUAAUUCACAUCAUCUAAUUUUCGAUAAAUUUUAACUUUAUUUUACUCUUUUACGUCUAUGAAUAUUUAAAGUUUUGUGUAUUUAUUAAUUAUAUUAUUGCCAACAUUAAAAUUUACUGACCUUAUAGCUUCACGUAAGAAUAAGAUGAACGUGGCAAAACACUAAAAAAAUUAUAUUUAAAGUGAAAUGGUGCUUACAUUAAUAAAAAAAAAACGCAUAAGACGUCGAAAACGGUGGAAAAUGUGCCUAUUUCUGGGAUCCCUCUAUUCUUCGUUAAGGCACUUGCAAAUGGAGUAGGUUAGUAAAAAAUUGUAUUUUAUUCAAAUAUUUAUUUGAUUUUAUGCAUUAUUUAAUACAUACUUAUAUUAGAUAGAUUUAAUUAAAAUAUAUUUAAGCUUACAACUUUCAACUUAUAUGUGUGUGUUUAUUACCUGUGCAUAUUCAUACGUAUCGGAUUUGCUCGUAUCGUCACCUAAUAAAUCCAUAUUUUACACCUACAAUUUGUAUAAGAGAAUAGCCUAUAACACUUAUAAAUACGAUGCCUAUACAUAUAUGCGUUUAAUGUUU